AUGAACGGAGACCCUGAAACAAGAAACGUCGACAUUCUCAUUAUCGGCGCAGGUUUCGGCGGAUGCUACAGUCUUUUCAAAUUCCGCAAUCUAGGACUCAAGGUCCACGUCUUCGAAGCAGGCUCAUCUCUCGGGGGAGUUUGGCACUGGAAUAGUUACCCUGGAGCUCGCGUCGACUCCGAGAUACCCUACUACCAGUUUUCCAUGCCCCAAGUAUGGCGAAAAUGGAACUGGUCUGAAAGAUUUCCCGGCGGAGCUGAAUUGAAGGCAUACUUCGAACAUGUAGACCAGACUCUAGGUUUGGCCCAAGAUAUCACCUUCAAUGCCAUUGUCACGAGAGCUGUAUACGAUGAAUCAAGCUGCAGGUGGACAGUGACGACAGAGAAAGGCCACAAAGCGAUAUGCAAGUACCUCGUUUGCGCUACUGGAAGCUCUUUCAAACCUUACUAUCCCAACUUCAACAACUUACACCGAUUUCGGGGACAGCUAGUUCACUCGUGCCGGUGGUCAAAGGAAGUCAACACCAAGAAUGUCCGUGUCGCCAUCAUUGGGUCCGGAGCUACAGCAGUCCAGUGCACACAGGAGAUCGCAAAACAGGCACGACAUCUAACCGUGUACAUCCGCACUCCCAGUAUCUCGCUACCCAUGUUCCAACGUCCAUUGAGCGAAUUCGAACAACGCGUGAACAAAUCCGCAUACAGACACCUAUUCGAAUACUGCCGAAAAACAAAGUUUGGUCUCGGAUACGACGCUAUCUCUGGUUCCGUGUUCGACGUAGACGAUCAGCAACGAGAGGAGAUUUUCGAGGAGACGUGGAAUCGCGGCGGCUUCAACUUCCUCCAAGGAAACUAUCGCGACUACGUGGUCAACAAAGAAGCUGGGAAGUUGAUGUACGACUUCUGGGCCAGGAAGACACGCCCACGAGUCAAAAAUCAAGCCAAAGCGGCGUUCCUUGUUCCGGAAAAAGCACCCUUUGUGUUUGGAACGAAACGGAGUAGUCUGGAACAGGAUUAUUACGAGUGUCUGGAUCGGGAUAAUGUUGAUAUUGUGGAUCUCAAGUCAAAUCCGAUACGGGAGUUUACAGAAGAUGGAAUUGUGACGCAGGAUGGCCAGAAACACGAGUGUGAUACAGUCGUCAUGGCCACCGGCUUCGACGCUAUGACGGGAAGUCUCACGAACAUGAAUAUCAUUGGUAGGGAUGGAUUAACCUUUCGAGAACGAUGGAAAGAUGGCGUAUUCACGCAUCUCGGAUUGUGCAGCAGCGGCUGUCCAAAUAUGUUCAUGAUCUAUGGACCUCAAGCACCGACCGCCUUUACCAAUGGCCCUGUAUUCAUUGAGAGUCAGGUUGAUAUAGUCGCGGAUCUGAUACAGAAAAUGGAGGCUAGUGGUAUUAAAUCGAUCGAAGCGAAGCGGGACGCUGAAUUGCGGUGGAAACAAGGGAUCCAAGACGCAAACGAUCAAACCUUGAUACCACUUACCGACUCGUGGUGGAUGGGGGCAAAUGUACCUGGAAAGAAACGAGAACAACUGAAUUAUAUAGGGGGCAUUGAUAAGUACGAAAGAGAGUGUCGGCAGACCUUAGAGGAAUUGACAGGCUUCCAAGUUGAAUAUCAUGCCAAACAUAAUUUAUAG